UUAGUUAUCCUUCUGCAACAUAGCCUACUCUCAACAAAUGGCAAACAGAGUUUAGAACUGCAACUCGCAAUACAUUUUAUUUCGAGUAGUCGUCAUUGACGUGCGGAAUUGCGUUGUGUCCACACGUAGCUAUUAAGAUCCAUCCGCUGAAGACUGCACGGGGCAUAUCUGACAAACAUGUUUGCAUGCGGGUCUUUGUUAUCGCUACGUUUCUCUCUGCUGAAGAAGACGAAUCCCUGCAAGAACACUUCAGAAGAAGAUUCGGCUCCCUGCUGAAGUGAAUAAAGGUGACUCGUCUUGUGCGUCGUGGCAAUGCGGAGAUAAUUCAGGAGCGAGAUAUGGGUAGACCAAUCAAUUGAGUUAUAAAUAAAAAACGCAAGUGGGAGUAAAUUGAUUAAUCAGCAUUUUAUAUCAGGACAGUUUCUUCACUUGAUGUGUAUGCAUGAGUUCUGCACCGAAUGGGCGCAAAAACCGCCACAGAACUGCCGGGACCAUUUUCCAGAUCUGCAAUAAGCCCCCGGCGCCCAGAGAGUCGGAGCGCAGGGAGAGCAGCGAAGCGCUCCGCGGCGUAGCGGACUGCAGAAUGGUUGUCCAGGAGUUCAAUACCCUUGUGGCCCUCUAUAGGGAGUUGGUAAUCUCUAUUGGAGAGAUUUCCACUGAUUGUCCCUCUCUUCGUGCUGAAAUGCACAAGACGCGCACGAAAGGGUGUGAGAUGGCACGGACUGCACAUCAAAACCUUUCCGCAAUAUCAGGCCCCGAGGAUGGAGAAAUACAUCCAGAGAUCUGCCGUCUCUUUAUCCAGCUGCAGUGCUGUUUGGACAUGUACCUGACAGAGCUGCUUAAGUCAGUGUGCCUGCUGGGAUCCCUGCAGCUCCACAGAAAAGAAAAACAUUAUUUAGGUACAACUAAGGUGGACAGUAAAGAGGACAGCUCUGACAUCCCUAUCAUUGAAGACACUUCCUCCACUCCACAGGACUGUUCGCAGACAUUCUACCUGGUGGCCUCAGACAUGGAGGACAUUGAGAGGGACAUGACCGAUAUGAAAAAUCUGCUUAGCAAACUCAGGGAGACGAUGCCUUUACCACUGAAGAACCAAGAUGACAGCAGUUUGUUGAAUCUGACGCCAUACCCCUUGGGCAGGCAGAGAAAGAGGCGUUUCUUUGGCCUCUGUUGUCUGGUGUCCAACUAAAAGCUCUCUCCCAGAAACCAGUUACAAAUGACUGCAUUUCCUCACAAUGUGUGACAUUCACCAAUCAACAUUACUACUGCCAUUUCCCAAAUCAGUGCUUUCUUUUGGUGAGUUCUGUCCAAAUUCCUACUCCUAUGUGAAUAAAUAGUAACAUCUGUGUGACAUCAGUAGUCAAAAAAUAUAUUAUUCAAUACAACAGAUUUUCAUUUUUAAGUGACUGUAUGUUCGUCCACAUUAUGUUUAGUAAAGAGAAUGGUUUAUAAAGUAUCAAUAACUACUGUUUGUCCUGUUCCAUUGCUUUUGCGGAGUGUGACACAAUCCAGUUUCUAUCGCAUUAUCACAAAAUUCAUGUACUGUGCUUUUUUUGUCAAGACGGCCGUUGUAAUGAUGCAAAUUAGGUUUCAAAGGUUGCAAUACAAUACAGAGGUUACAAUGGAUACUUUAUGACAUAUGUAAGUUUUGAUGCUAAACAUUUAUGCUUAAUUUGCAUUAGCUCAUUAUCAACACAAAGCAAUUCAGCACAACAUGAGGGAACGUGGUAUCUGUUGAUUUCUUUUUCUGAUUUUUAUUUUAUUUUUGGCUGUUACCACGCUUUACUACAGUAUUAUUUAGUCUUCCAUAUACCAAAAAUCCUGUAACUUUUCUCUGUUUGAUUCAGCCUUUAGGAGAAUAAAAUACCUGAAGAAGCCUUUGUAAAUAAAGAAUA